AUGUUCAUUACUUUUUUGCUGAUAACGGUGACGGCACUCAAACAACCAAAAAUACCCAACAUUGAUGAGUUGACAAGAAAUCUGUUACCUUCGUCGACGGAACCUCCCCCAGAAGAAACGAAAAAACCAAGGCCAACAGUUCACCCAAUCAUGAAACCAAUUUCAGGAGGUAUCAUUGGUCAAGGUACACAUUUACCUCAUGAUAAUGAUGUUAAAUCAGUGCGGUCUACUACAAGUUCUGCCAUGUCAUCGAAAACUAUAUACUCGUCAUCAACUAUGACUUUUGCAACAACAACAGCAGCAGCAGCGUCACUGACACAUACCUCUAUACCAUCAAAUACUAAUAAUGCGGUAGCUUCUAGCAAAAUUGAUUCUUUUUAUAACAAGAAUAUGAAUAAUUAA